GGCGCAGUCAAAAUCCAAUUCUUGUUUAUGUAAUACUUUACUAGUUUAUGUGGACUGCAUGACUUGAAGAACAAGGAAACAACCCUCAUAUUGCUCCAAAACAAAUUAUGGGUUCCAAUCAAAUUGUGAAAAUUCUUGGUUUUUGAAGAUAAACAAGAUUUUUUCCCUUUCAGAAUUGUAAUGGAGUCACAGCGUAAAAAGAGUCAGAGAAAUAGCCAAAAACAAGAGUCGUCGUCUUCUUCAUCAGCAGCAGCCGCAGCUUCUUCACUGCAGUUAGUCUCUCAUCAAAAUCAAGAACAUGGGUCUACUGCUGCUACCAGUACCACCACUCAUGGCCCAUUCAUGGGCUCCAUCCUUUCCAACCAAAUUGGAAAUAUCCUUUCUUCUACUUCUAACUCAAUUAUUACUACUAAUGAUAAUCAUAACAACUCCUCUCCUCUCACCACCGUCACCACCACUAAGACCACCGUCAAAAAACCCUCCAAAGACCGUCACACCAAAGUGGACGGCCGUGGCCGGCGUAUCCGUAUGCCGGCUUUAUGUGCUGCCAGAGUUUUUCAGCUGACUAGAGAGUUAGGUCAUAAAUCUGAUGGAGAAACUAUUGAGUGGCUAUUACAACAAGCUGAACCGUCCAUUAUUGCAGCUACCGGAACUGGUACAAUUCCGGCUAAUUUCUCUACGUUAAACGUCUCUUUACGUAGUAGCGGUACUACCAUUUCUGCUCCUCCUUCAAAAUCACCUCCCGUUACUUUUCACGGCGGUUUAUCUAAUUUUUUCGAUCAUAAUGGAACCGAAAAUCGAAGAGUUCUCGGUUCGAAUACAGCAAUGUUGGGUUUUCACGGCCAUCCGCUUUAUCCUUCAAAUCUUGUUUCCGACGAGAGUAAUAAUUACACGAGAAGAACAUAUCGAGAAGAUCUUUUCAAAGAAACAGCAUCAACGACUCAACAUGAAGAUACUGAGUCAAUAGAACCGAGUUCUAACAAACCUACUGCAAGAACCGGGAUGUUUCAUCAAGAAAAUCAAGAAUUCGGUUCGAUUAGACCGUCAAACAUUCUUGCAACACCGGCUGCUAUGUGGGCGGUUGCCCCAGCUGCAGCCGCAAAUGGCGGUAACACAUUUUGGAUGUUACCGAUGGGUGGUGGCCCUACGGCCACAGCAGCAGCCGUGCCGGAGCCUCAGAUGUGGACGUUUCCUGCAGCUGGAGUAACGUCUAUGCAAAGAGUGAAUUUUGGUAGUGGAGGGGGGAGGUUGAACCCGGUUCAACUCGGGUCAAUGAUAUUACAACAGCAAAUGGGAGGCGGUCAGCAGCAACUUGGGUUAGGUUUAGGAGAGAGUAAUAUGGGGUUAAUGGGAAGUGUUAAUGCUUAUAAUAACAGCAAUAAUAUUUCUACUGGUAGGGUUGGAUUGGGCAUGAAUUUAGAGCAUCAUCAUAAUCAAGAAAAUGAUCAGCAACAAGGUAGUGAUAGUGGUGAUGAUGAUCAAAACCCUAAUGAUUCUCAAUAAUUUCAAAUUAGGCGAGUGUUGGUUUAUAAUCAUGAUUUUUGUUUAUUAAUUCUGUUUUUCGUUUGCAAAUGUUUUCCUUUUCUUGCCCUAAUUGGGUAGAAUUUUAUUUUUAUUUUAUUUUUGAGCAAAGAUUUGAAAUGGGUUUCUUAUAUUUUCAUAA